UAAAAUUAACACUUUUUUUUGUAGAUACCAAUCCUUAUGGUCGUCCAUACAAGAAAUGGUGCUCCCCUCCCCCUCUACGAGUCAAGAGUCUCCGAUGUGCUCGGCUCCACCGUCUCCGGCUCUGUAUGUUGAAUGUGGUGGGAGCGGGCAGUCAACUCCCCGAAUUACCACUGUAAAGAGACCCGCAAAUAAUGACUCUACUGGAAAGGGCGAGGAGGUUCCGGCUUCGAGGCGGUGCUUGAUUCCUCCAGACGGGGCUUCAUCUUCAUCAUCAGCCGUCAGGGCUCGUCCUUUGAGGGACGCGGAAAUUGCCCGAAUCUUGAAUCAUGGCAGUGAAGAGGAUGCUGACAGCGAUGAUGAAGAUGAAGAUGAAGAUUUAGUUCAACCAGUGCAUCUGCUGAGGAGAACUGAAAGACUUUUUAUGUCUGAGGAAGACACUGAGGUGCCACCGAUAAACGCUGCUAUAGACUUUGAGUGGCCACCUCAACUUCCCUCCGGCCUGCAGCCCCAACCUAGCGCCCAGCCCGAGCCCGAACCCAACGCAGAGCCUGAACCCAGUGCCGACCCCGAAGCCAGCGCCGAGCCAUACAAUAAGUUUGAUUUUAAGUGGAGAGGGUUUUCAGAAUCUCAAAUUCCUCCUGAAUUGAGAAGGGAACCAUUCUCCGAAAUUAAUUGUGGUCCCACAGUUCCAUUGGCGAGCCCAUAUGAGGCAUUUACUGCUAUAUGGGAUCGCCAAAUAAUGGAACACAUUUCAAUGGAGACAAAUAGAUAUGCUCAGCAAGAGGUAACGGCCAUAAUUCAUCAGGGGCUACUUUUGCCAACCAGUCGUAUCACGCGAUGGCGGGAUACGAAUCCAGAUGAGCUGUACGUGUAUUUCGCAAUACUCCUAGCGACUGGAAUUAUUGUGAAAUCACGUGCAGACUCAUACUGGAAUACAGCCCAGGAUUUAUUAUCUUCUCCUGGGUUUUCAGCAACGAUGAGCUUUGACCGUUACUUCUUGCUUUCUAAAUGUCUCCACUUCUGUAAUAAUGAUGACUGCAACCCACACACAAUGACGCGAUCGGAGGCAAAGCUUUUUAAGGUGCGUCCUAUUACAGAUCAUCUUAACCAGCGGUUCCAACAGUUAUAUAUUUUAUCACAAAAUAUUGCAUUAGACGAAAGUCUGACACAGUGGAAGGGUUGGUUAGAUAUUAAUCAAUUCAUCCGAAAUAAAGCAGCCACAGUCGGAAUCAAAACCUACGAGGUUUGUGAGUCUCAGACUGGCUAUUUGUGGCGGUUUGAAGUGCACGUAGGGCAUGACGAAUCUCCACAAGAUAGUCCUUUGUCUGGGGUUGUGCCGGCACUUGUGCUUAAACUUCUCAAUGGUCUUGAGCACAAGGGCCACACGGUUUGGAUGGAUAACUUUUAUAACUCUCCUGCGCUUGCGCGAGAGUUAAAGGUACGGGGUUUUGACUGUGUUGGCACUCUUCGCUUGAACCGUCAGUUUGUUCCCACUGAACUGACUAAUCUGACCAAGGGAGCUUUGGCUGUAGGCCAAGUUUGUGGCUGCACUUCAGGCGAUGUGGAUCUGGUGGUAUGGCGAGAUAAGAACCUCGUUUCUCUUAUCUCGACGUAUCAUGGGUUAACAACGGUGAAGUGUGGCGACGUACUAAAGCCCUCAAUAGUACCCGAUUACAAUGUGUGCAUGGGUGGUGUUGAUCGCAAAGAUCAAAUGAUUGCCAUGUACCCAAUAGAAAGGCGGCGGAAUCGGGUGUGGUACAAAAAGUUUUUCAGACGUCUGUUAAAUGUUAGUGUCCUGAAUGCGUUCAUACUCCUCCGCACACAGCGACCUCUUACCCACCGAAGGUUCCGUGAAACUUUGGUAAGGGAAUUGGUCGCAAAACACAAGCCACUUUCACCCUCAGCAGGUACAGCUCGACCAGUGGGACAUUUUCCGGCUCAGUAUGACUUUCUGGCCGGAAAACAACACGAACGCCAGCGCAGAUUUUGCGCUGUAUGCAAAAAACGUACAACUGCAUAUUGCAGGCAGUGCAAUGUUCCACUGUGCGUGUUCACCUGCUUUGAGCCACAUCACACUUAA